GUCAGUUUGUUUGCCAUUCUAAGCCGCAUCGCAUCUGUCAACUGCUGACUACUGGCAAUAAUAGUUAAAUCUCAAAACAUACAUUCCAGACAAAUUAUCAUAUUUAAGACUAGUCAGCAUAGUCUCCGACCUUAGCCUGUUCACAACGGAAAAAAUGUACUAAAAAAAAUCAAAACAUUCACGUGUUGUUUGACAUUUGAUGUACUGAAUUGAAUCGCCUAAAAAAAUACAAAAUUAUCUAUUUUUACAUAGUUAUAAUAACUAAACUUAAUUUUAUACUGUUCCUGACGUUAUUCACUGACCAAAAUUUUAAAGAUACCAAUUGCCUUACGAACUUAGUCAAUAUUUCCUAUAUUGCAAACAGCAGCAACAAAAAUAUGCAGUGAUAAAUGUAAACAAAGGAAAAAAUAUUAUUCUUAUCUGUUUUUUAUAAUACUUCAUUGUCUAUAUAUACGAAGAGAGCCUUAAAUUAUGGACGAAGAACUUAAAGUCCUGAAACAAGGCGCGGAAGCAAAACUCUAUGUAUGCAAAUACUUGGGCCAGCCCACUUUAAUUAAGGAGAGAUUCCAGAAAAAUUAUAGGCACCCAGAUCUCGACGCUACUAUCACGAAAGAAAGAAUAAAAAACGAAGCGAGGUCCAUAGUUCGGUGUAAAACAGCAGGAGUUAAGACACCAUCAUUGUAUUUAGUUGAUUUUCAGCGACGUCGAAUUUAUAUGCAGCAUUUUGAGAACAGUAUAACUGUUAAGGAUUUCAUCAUUAAUGUUGUAAAUUCUGAUCAGAAUAGUAAUGCUGCGAGCACAUUGGAAGCUGUUGCUACCAUGAUAGGCCAUACUGUUCGGAAAUUGCAUGAAAAUAACAUAAUCCAUGGUGACUUGACCACAUCAAAUAUGCUGCUCAUUGAAAGGACCCCAAAUGAUACUGAUAAUGUUUCAAAAUGGCUGCAAAAGGAUAAUUUAGAGUUAGUCAUGAUAGAUUUUGGUUUAUCAUAUGUCGAUUCGAGCACUGAAGAUAUGGGUGUUGAUUUGUAUGUGUUAGAACGAGCUAUAAUUAGUACACAUAAUGAUUUUCCAAGCUUAUUCAAUAAGAUUUUAGAUGCUUAUAUGAAUUACAACAAGCACAAUAAUAUAAAAGAAAUUAUCAAUAAGUUUGAAGAGGUGAGAGCAAGAGGCAGGAAGAGGACUAUGGUUGGAUGAUUUAUAUAAUGUUAAAUAAAUAAAAUAAAUAUUAUUUAU